AUGAAGAGUAGUAAUAAUCCACAUAGGUCUGUAUUGUCGACCACCUCGCCGGCCAAAUUGAAUGUGAUCUCAGAGCGUCGACCAGGAGAAGGAAAAGUAAGCAAAUUGUCACUUACGAGGACCAGUUCCUUGGAUAUAAGACCAAGAAUGCCUCAAUUCAAUAGACCUACGUUGACGAAGGGAAAUAGGCCUCAGUUGUUGAGGCGUAAUUCUUCAUUUUUCAAGUGCAAUGAGUUCACCAAGGGAGAGGACGAUGACGAUGACGAUAAUGAUAAUGAUGAGACUUUACCAAGUGGUGCAGGGGAUAGAUUCAUCCCUUUGCUACAGAAUGGUAUGCAGGCAAGAAUUGAUCACAGAGAGUUGAAAGAAGAACUACCUCCACCGGAUGCAUCUCCAGUGACACACUUACGUGCUCAAAAGAAAUGUGUCUUCAAGACUCAAGUAGCACAAGCAUGCGGACUUAAUGUCAAUGAACGUAUAUUACAAUAUUUACCACAACCACCAGUAGCAAACUUCAAACGAUAUGAAAUGAAAUCAAGGUCUCAAUUUAGGUUUGAUAGUAACGAUAAUGAAUCACCAAUGUUAUUGAAAUUACGUAAGAUUGGAACCAAUCCAGAAAGGAUUCUUGACGCUCCAGGGUUUCAAGACGAUUUUUAUUUGAAUUUAUUAAGUUGGUCAAGACGUAAUAUCUUAGCCAUUGCAUUAGAAUCAUCAUUAUAUCUAUGGAAUGCCACGUCGGGGCAAGUCUCAUUAUUAACGGAACUUGAAGGUGCACUGAUAACUAGCGUUACAUGGUCUGAUGAUGAUUGUCAUAUUUCUGUGGGUACAGAUAAUGGUAACACACAAGUAUGGGAUACAGAGACAUCAUCAAAGGUUAGAACAAUGAGAUCAGGGUUAGGCGUAAGGAUAGGUUCUCAAUCAUGGUUAGAAACUCUAAUUGCUACAGGAUCUCGUUCGGGAGAGAUACAAAUUAAUGAUGUAAGAGUACGUGAUCAUAUAGUAAGCCGUUGGGACCGUCAUGAAGGGGAAGUAUGUGGUCUUGCUUAUAAAUGCGAUGGGACACAAUUGGCUUCUGGUGGUAAUGAUAAUACUGUGAUUCUUUGGGACACCAGAAACUCUAUGCCUAUAUUUACAAAGAGAGCCCACAACGCAGCAGUGAAAGCCAUAUCGUGGUGUCCUUAUAUUCCGAAUUUAUUAGCAACAGGAGGGGGUCAAGCCGAUAAACAUAUUCAUUUCUGGAAUACCACUACGGGGAACAAACUAGGCUCGAUAAAUACAGGCUCUCAAGUGUCAUCAUUACAUUGGGGUCAAAGUUAUUCAUCUGCCGAAGGUCCAAAUUCCGCUAUGCAUAGAGAAAUUGUAGCAACAGGGGGUAACCCAAGUAAUGCGAUCUCUGUAUUUGAUUACGACACCAAAUAUAAAGUGGCAGAAAUCCCACAUGCCCACGAAACAAGGAUAUGUGGAUCACAACUGUCACCAGAUGGUACCACCUUAGCAACAGUCGGGGGUGAUGAGAACCUCAAGUUCUUCAAAGUGUUUGAUCCUCGUCGUGCAAUCCGUCGCCGUACAAAGACUGCACUGGGACCAUUACCGCCAAAUGAACACCAGGAACUUGACCCAUCGACGUCACAGGCUAGAACCGAUUAUAUAAUCAGAUAA